AUGCCCACGGACAAAACCAACACGAACACCCCGCCAUCACCACCACCAGCAGGACCACCAACGCGCCGCACGCCCCGCCGCAUCACCAAAAAAGGCCGCGAACUGCAGCGCAGACACCUGCGCGAGAACCAGACUGUCGUGCGAUGGGAGCCGAACGGGCUCGUGGUGUCCAAGGUCGUGCGGGUGGGGUUUCUGGGGGAUCGAGUGGUGACGGUGACGGUGCCGGUGUCGUGGAAGGGGUUCUUGGGGGUUGUGGGUGCGGUGGCGGUUGGUGGGUUGGGGUGGGUUUUGAGGGGGUUGGGGAAUUAA